ACUCCAAAAAUCCACAGCACACAAGAUCUGCUUUGAAGGAGCCUCUGGGGCUACAUUAAUGAGACAAACUCCAGGGUACUGAAAUAAUUCAACCAAGACAAGACAUAUUAUUAGACCGAGCAGAUACUAGAUGAAGAGAGUAAAUGUAAUCUCACCAGAAAAUGGUGGCCAAUUCUCAAGGUUUGAGUGGAGUCUAUUAAAGGACCUGAAAGGGCAUCUCGUGGCGGAGGCAGAGGAGCUGCAAGCAUGGUGCCUGAGAGGAGAUUUGGAGGCAAGGGCACAUUGAGAAGACCUAGUAGUCCCUCCCUUUAUUUCCCAAGCAAGUUCUGCCUUUUUCACACGGACUUACUACGCACCCCUCGUGGCUGCCCGUCUGCGCUCCCUCAUCCCAUCGCCCUAAAGCAGUAGAAGCCUGGGGAUAUGAGGAAUGCGCACCACCCACAGGACCACGACGCACGGCCUCGAAAACCACAGCGUCUGAGUAGUAGACAGCGGCCUUACAAACACUCCACUCGGUCCCCUCGUGGUUCUUGGCAUAAAGAGAAGUUACAUUUGGCAGGCAGGCGGGCUCGCACGCCGGAGCGCUCAGCCCAGAAUUCGUGAAUCUAUUUGGAAUCUCCCUGCUUCCUCGAAGCUCAUCCCUGUUGCCGGUUUGUGCACGGACAGUCGCGCCCACCCAGCGAAGCCGCACUUUGGGCUGCGGACACUCAGGGCCCGGCGCGCCCGCCCGGCGUCUCCGCACCAAGCCCCGAAGCUCCGAGAGGCAUGAACGCGAUCCGGAGGCGCCUGCCCAGCGCGCGGGGAACGCUCGGUGUUCACCGCCCUCGGGAGCCGACCUCGAGCCCCUCCAGCCAUUUGUGAACCAAGAGGCUUGAAAUUCGCCGGCGCGGAGCCCCGCAAGAGAAAUUUCAAUGAGAAGAAAAGCCAAUGGAUCGUGGUCUUAGAAAAGCUGCUUAGAUGAUGUCUGUUUCCCGUGCUGUAAACACGUGGCAGAGCUGUGAGUAAAUGCUCGUCACUGCAUGAUGAAUUGGAUGGCUGCAGACCAGAGGCAAACAAAAUAAUUGUCUCAUUUUCGUGGUGAUUUGCUUAACUGGGGGGACCAUGCCAGAACGGCUAGCGGAAAUGCUGUUGGAUCUCUGGACUCCAUUAAUAAUAUUAUGGAUUACUCUUCCCCCUUGCAUUUACACGGCUCCGAUGAAUCAGUCUCCAGUUUUAAUGAGUGGAUCCCCUUUGGAACUAAACAGGCUGAGUGAAGAACAGCGGAUUUUGAACCGUUCCAAGAGAGGCUGGGUUUGGAAUCAAAUGUUCGUCCUGGAAGAGUUUUCUGGACCUGAACCGAUCCUUGUUGGCCGGUUACAUACAGACCUGGAUCCUGGGAGCAAAAAAAUCAAAUAUAUCCUAUCAGGCGAUGGAGCUGGGACUAUCUUUCAAAUAAAUGACAUAACAGGAGAUAUCCAUGCUAUAAAAAGACUUGACCGAGAGGAAAAAGCUGAGUACACCCUAACAGCUCAGGCAGUGGACUGGGAGACAAAUAAGCCUCUUGAACCUCCCUCUGAAUUUAUUAUCAAAGUUCAAGACAUCAACGACAAUGCACCAGAGUUUCUCAAUGGACCCUAUCAUGCUACCGUGCCAGAGAUGUCCAUUUUGGGUACGUCUGUCACUAAUGUAACAGCUACCGAUGCUGAUGACCCAGUUUAUGGAAACAGUGCGAAGUUGGUUUAUAGUAUCUUGGAAGGGCAACCUUAUUUUUCCAUUGAGCCUGAAACAGCAAUUAUAAAAACUGCCCUUCCCAAUAUGGACAGAGAAGCCAAGGAGGAGUACCUGGUUGUUAUCCAAGCCAAAGAUAUGGGUGGACACUCGGGUGGCCUAUCUGGAACCACAACACUUACAGUGACCCUCACUGACGUGAAUGACAAUCCUCCAAAAUUUGCCCAGAGUCUGUAUCACUUCUCAGUACCAGAAGAUGUGGUUCUUGGCACUGCCAUAGGGAGGGUGAAGGCCAAUGAUCAGGAUAUUGGUGAAAACGCGCAGUCGUCAUAUGACAUCAUUGAUGGAGACGGAACAGCACUGUUUGAAAUCACUUCUGAUGCCCAGGCCCAGGAUGGCAUUAUAAGACUGAGAAAGCCUCUGGAUUUUGAGACCAAAAGAUCCUAUACGCUGAAGGUAGAGGCAGCCAAUGUCCACACUGACCCGCGUUUCAGCAGCAGGGGGCCCUUUAAAGACACGGCGACAGUCAAAAUUGUUGUCGAAGAUGCAGAUGAGCCUCCAGUCUUCUCUUCACCGACUUACCUCCUCGAAGUUCAUGAAAAUGCUGCUCUCAACUCCGUGAUUGGGCAAGUGACCGCUCAUGACCCCGACAUCACCUCCAGUCCUAUAAGGUUUUCCAUCGACCGGCACACCGACCUGGAGAGACAAUUCAACGUUAAUGCAGAUGAUGGGAAGAUAACGCUUGCAACACCGCUUGACAGGGAAUUAAGCGUGUGGCACAACAUAACAAUCAUUGCUACCGAAAUCAGGAACCACAGUCAGAUAUCCCGAGUACCUGUUGCUAUUAAAGUGCUGGAUGUCAAUGACAACGCCCCUGAAUUCGCAUCCGAAUAUGAGGCAUUUUUAUGUGAAAAUGGAAAACCCGGCCAAGUCAUUCAAACAGUGAGUGCCACGGACAAAGAUGAGCCCAAAAACGGACAUUAUUUCUUAUACAGCCUUCUUCCAGAAAUGGUCAACAAUCCGAAUUUUACCAUCAAGAAAAAUGAAGAUAAUUCCCUCAGCAUUUUGGCAAAGCAUAAUGGAUUCAACCGCCAGAAGCAAGAAGUCUAUCUUUUACCAAUCAUAAUCAGUGAUAGCGGGAAUCCUCCUCUGAGCAGCACCAGUACCCUGACCAUCCGGGUCUGUGGCUGCAGCAGUGAUGGUGUUGUCCAGUCUUGUAAUGUUGAAGCUUAUGUACUUCCGAUUGGACUCAGUAUGGGCGCCUUAAUUGCCAUAUUAGCAUGCAUCAUUUUGCUGCUAGUCAUCGUGGUGCUGUUUGUAACUCUGCGGCGACAUAAAAACGAGCCUUUAAUUAUCAAAGAUGAUGAAGAUGUGCGAGAAAACAUCAUUCGCUACGAUGACGAAGGAGGAGGGGAAGAAGACACGGAGGCUUUUGACAUUGCAACUUUACAAAACCCAGAUGGAAUUAAUGGAUUUUUACCCCGUAAAGAUAUUAAACCAGAUUUGCAAUUUAUGCCAAGGCAAGGGCUUGCUCCAGUUCCGAGCGGUGUGGAUGUGGAUGAAUUUAUAAACGUGCGGCUACACGAGGCAGAUAACGACCCCACAGCCCCACCGUACGACUCCAUUCAGAUUUAUGGCUAUGAAGGCCGAGGGUCCGUGGCCGGCUCCCUCAGCUCCCUGGAGUCCACCACCUCAGACUCGGAUCAGAAUUUUGACUACCUCAGUGACUGGGGUCCUCGCUUUAAGAGACUGGGCGAACUCUACUCUGUCGGUGAAAGUGACAAAGAAACCUGACAGUGGAUUAUGAAUGAAUCAGUGGGAACUGAGCAUUCUGUAAUAUUCUAGGGUCACUCCCCUUAGAUACAACCAAUGUGGCAAUUUGUUUUAGAGGCAAGUUUAGCACCAAUCAUCUAUAAACUCAACUACAUUUUAAUGUUGAACCAAAAAAGUAAUAAUAAAAAUAAAAAAGUAUAUGUUAGGAGGUUAUAAAUCUUGUGGAGUGUGAAUUAAAGUAUGUGGAGUGUCUAGAAGUCUUUGGAUAUUUGAUAUUUACCUGACCACCACAGAGAUUGGGAUCCUGGCUCGUCCUUAGAGAAAUGGUUUAAAAAGAGGAAAAAAUCAAACUUAAAAAGGUGCUUUCUUAGAAAAAUGGACCUGCAAGAAAUUUGCUACUGCUAUGUGUCUUCUGCAAGGAUUUUUAUAAAUGCAAAUGGUUUUUUCCCCUUCACCAAUAAGGAUCCCGCCACAAAUGAUAAAGCAAUACUUGGUCUGCUGUACACUCUGACUUUCUGGAGCUUUGGGAGGCCUCCUAGAUUAUACGGUACAGUGACCACACCUUGUACAUAAUUGUUGGCCCCAUUCAUCAGAGACUGAAUAGCAUCUUUAAAUAUUGUGUCGAGCCUUAAAAUAUUCACAUGCUUGUAAUCCAUUCCAGGGUGGGGACUGCCAACUCAAUAGUGGGAGGAGAGAAAUCCCAUUCAAACAGGCUUGUUCUCUGGAAGCAGGAUUACUCAUUCCCCCCGGUUCAUCUUCUCCCACAAGGACACAAAGAUAAACUGUGUCACACAGUGGACUACAUAAGAGACAGAUGAUUUUAUUGCUAGCGCGUGAAUUUAUUUGUUUAAUCCUCGAAAUAAAUAUUUUAUUGAUGUCCAUUAAUGCUUUUAUUUAUUAAGGUUGGUAAUCUAUAGAUUAAGGGACUAUAUGAAAAAAACCUAAAUUAUAUCCAUUAAUAAUACUUUAGAUUGUUUUAUAUAAAUAUAUAUACAAUGACUGUUUAAUACAUGUACAUUUUGAUGAGAUGAGUAUGGCAGGCAAUAUUAUCAAAAGGGAAGCUAAUAGUCUCUUUAGAGUAGAAAGUGUUAUUGUGACUGGUGAUGGCAGGAACAGCAUUUUCCCAGAGAAACUUUUGGACUGUUUUCUAUUUUGUUCAUAAUCCUAGUAUUUGGUGUUUUUACUACAAGCACAAACAUCUGAAAGUAUAUUGAUUCAUGUGAAUAUUUAAACUCUAGACUUUUAGAUGCCUACAUAAUGCCCUGCCCAAUAAACAUGCUUCAAGUUGCCUCCACAGUUUUAGAGCAGGAACUGAUUUGUACAUAAUUUUACUGCUUCUGUUUUUAGCACUUCUCUCCCUGAUCUUCAUGGUGAUGCACAGAAUGUCUUAGACUCCAAAAGAGAACAGCACUAGAAGAUGUGAGCAUAUUCAAUUUCUAAUGCAAACCUGCCAUUUAGGAGUAGAAAAUGUAUGAUAAAACUCAAGUACUACAUGCAGAUCAUUUUAAUUUUCUACUUUGCUUUAAUGCAAUAUUGUUUAUUUACUCCAUGUAUUGUAUUCAGAGAAACUCCUGUAUUGUUUCCUACUUUGUGAAAUAUAUUUUUA